CAUGUGGACUUCCUUGAAUCGAUAAGACGCUCUGAUUGACGACGAACUGUCACAAAUAAGGUCUUUGAUUGACAAAAUUGUAUACGGUAAUUAAGCGAACCUUGAAAGGUUGUUUUAAAUCAUGUAUGGUGUCCGCAUAACAAAGUAUUGAUACCGUUUUCGUCUGCAGUUGACUUUCUGCUCGCUUUUUCCCUUAAAAUAACGACCGAAAACGCUAGCGACAAAACGCGACGGUGAAUGUCGAUCAGAGUACCGGAACAUAGUAUUUGACCGCAGCACCUUCUUAACCAGACCCGUCAUGAGUUCCAUGGAAGUGGCAGUUCUAAAGUUUACCCAAAAACAGACGUGCUUCAUCGCUAUACCUCGAGCAUGGGCAGACAGACCAAACUCUUUGCACGACGGUCUAGUUGUUUAUGAAGUCAGCUCGCUUUCGGAGAGGAAAGUGUACCUCUCGUGGAAUGGCGACGUCACCCUGCCGACUCCGUGGAACUCUGAUGUCUGCAUUGAAAUUAACGGUGCCUUGGCACAAAGCUUUGGUUUCACAGAUGGACAGGAGGUGAUUGUACAGAAAAGAAACGGAGGAUUGCACCAAGGCCGGCAAAUUGUGAUCAAGCCAGUGUCUGCCGAUGACUGGGAAACGCUCAAUGAUAAUGCUGCCUUCGUUGAAAGAAAUUUAAUGAACCAAAUCCGACUGGUGUGGUGUGGCAUGGCAUUUCCUAUCUGGAUACCUCCCAGCUCCUGCAUUUCCGUCACUGUUGCCAGUGUUUCACCAAACUUCCAGCCUGUCCUCCUCGUGAACAAUACCGAGGUCGUGGUGGUGCCAAACUUGGAUCCCCACGAUGGAGGUGCAGUGCCCCCUCCUUUUCUGAGCCCUUCGUUCGAAGAGGAGCAGCCCUCGAACGUGCUCAGUGCCUUGAAGUCUCUCGUCUCAUCCGUGUCUGCCAGCAUGACUCGAACGGUGCUGCCAUCAUCUUCUCCUGCAAGCCAGUUGUCGUCUCCAGUAGCAGAGGGCCCUCCUCGGCACGAGAACUCUCUCAUUUGGUUCAAAGAUGCGCUCCUCGUCGCGCGAGUGGUUCCUCAUUCCUACUUUCAAGACCUGACGGUCGUGAACAGACGCCCUUAUGUGCGAACCCUUUUCAACCAUCCGACGACUGUUUUCGUGUCCAGGACGUUGUUACCCCAUCAACUCCCCGGCGAAGCUGAAGACUCCAUCGUGACGUUUCUGGCCAGCGUAACGAAGGUCGCGUCGCCGCUUGAGAAGUUUGCAAAGAUGACCGCAGACGCAAAGAGCAAGCAGGGCGCUUCUCUCGACAAGAGUGUGAAGGCGAAAGUUGUUGACUGUGAACAUUGCGUUGUGAGAGUUUUUGUGGUACCGCUGUCGUGGAUGGACUUUGAAUUCCUUCACUGCACCGGCUUGGUGCUGAUCUCGGACGUGCUACGACGCCAGUUGGGGCUGGAUUACGCUAGCAGGGUGAAGCUCCAGUCGGUGUCGGAGCAACCCGGCAUAUUUGAAUCUGUCGUGCUUCAUCAAGUGGGAGACACUGACACCCGACUGCCACAUCAGGUUGUGACAACAUCUUUUCUUAAUAGGUGUCGAGAAAUGUCCAGUUCUGAGUACCCCCUGGUACUCUCAUCGGGAGGACUGGUACGGCUGAAUACUGGAAAUGAUCCAGAUCAGUGGACCAAUCACCUCGUAAGGCUCUGUCGUCACAAAAAGGAAACCGAGGGAGAUCCCCAGAGCCCUCGGAGGGAGAGUCCAGUCGUCGAGUGCACUUUCUUUGGCGAAAGUCUGCACGUUCAAGUGGGCGACCCGGUGAAACCGCAGCUUUCUAAGGUCUGCACUAUGACCUUGCCUGUCCAGCUGCUGAGUGAAGUUAAUCCCGAGCCUCUCGGCAUGAAGCUCGAGCAACUCGGCGGUGUGGGGCACCUGCACCAGCAAGCGCUGACCUUUCUGGAGCUGUUGCUUCAGGCAACGCCCCUUGCCCAGCAGCUUCGAGGCGAUCAGCAGCUCUCGGGGGCUGUGCUCCUUGUAACCGGUCAGCGAGGCAGCGGCAAAUCUACCCUGGCUCGAGCUCUCGCACAGCGCAUGGCAGACUCCCCCGCCUUUGCCCACGUGCAGACCGUAGACUGCGCGUCGCUUAGCGGUAAACGAGCUGAAAAGGUUUCUAAGGACUGGGAGCGACUCGUGGCAGAGUGUGUCUUCAGGGAGCCCUCUGUCCUUUUGUUCGACGACCUGGACGCCGUUGUGGGCAGCCUGGCCGGACCCGAGCAGGAGAACAGCCCCACUGCCAGCUACUUUGACAAGAUGGCUGACGUGUUUCUUCGCACCUUGGCCCUUCUGCGCAAGUCUUGCUCCAGAACGGCUGUGAUUGUCACUGGUCGUUCGUGGGAAUCUUUCCACUCCAGGCUCACAGCAAGCCAUGGAAAUCACAUUUUCUACACUGCUCUCAACAUCCAGCCCCCAAACAAGGUGGAGCGAGAGGACAUGUUAAGGAGCCUGGUGCAGAUGAGGCCCCACCUGGAGGGAAAAUUUUCCAUCCGUGAUGUGGCAUCCAAGACGGAAGGCUGCCUUGCUCGAGACCUCGUCGCUAUCCUCGACCGGGCUACGCAUUCAGCUUGCCUUGCUUCUGCAGACAACGAAGACCUGAACAAGCUUGAACUGACGGACGACGACUUUGAGUCGGCUCUGGAAGAGUUCUGCCCAUCUUCUUUGCGGGGCCUUAACCUCAGGACGGAGGACACGCUCAGCUGGGAUGAUGCGGGAGGUCUGGAAGGGGUCAAGAAGACUCUUCAGGAGGUCUUCUUCUGGCCCACCAAGUAUCCUGAACUGUUUGCAAACAGUCCCAUUCGGCCAUUGUCCGGAUUAUUGCUUUACGGUGCCCCCGGAACUGGCAAGACACUUCUGGCUGGUAUUGUGGCGUCAGAAUGUGGUGUGAAUUUCAUCAGCAUAAAGGGGCCAGAGUUGCUGUCAAAGUACAUUGGUGCAAGUGAGCAGGCUGUGAGAAAUGUCUUCCAAAGAGCACAGAGUGCCAAACCCUGCAUCAUCUUCUUCGACGAAUUUGACUCCAUUGCACCCAGGAGAGGACACGACAGCACAGGAGUCACAGACCGGGUUGUAAACCAGUUGCUAACGCUUCUCGAUGGUGUGGAAACAAGCACAGGCGUGUAUGUCCUUGCGGCGACCAGUCGGCCAGACCUGAUCGACCCGGCCCUGCUCCGUCCGGGACGCCUGGACAAGUGCCUUCACUGUCCCCUGCCUAGCCCGGAGGAACGUCUGUGCAUCCUGCAAGCGCUGAGCCGCAAGUUGCUCCUUGCCGACGACGUGGACCUGGCGUCGGUGGCCCGGAGGACGGACCACUUCUCGGGCGCCGACCUGCAGGCCCUGCUGUACACGUCCCAGCUCGAGGUCGUCCACGAGGUCUUUCCGGAGAAAGAAAGGAGCGGUAAGGGCCGUCGGUUGGACGGCUCUUCGUCUUCGGAGGAGCCCGGCAGCGCCUCCGACACGGACUUCUUCUGCGCCCCGGCAGCUGGGGACCUGUCCCCAACCCUGGGUCCGGAACAGAAUCGGCAACUGGUGCUCGAGGUAGAGGCGCUGACGGAGAACCUGCUGGGUCACGGCGGCCGCCGGCAACAGCGUCGGCGCUCGAGGCGCGACAGCACGGCCCUGGCGCUAACCAUCUACCAGCGGCACCUGGAAGGAGCCCUGACCAAGACGCAGGCUUCGGUCUCCGCCUCCGAGAGGGCCAAGUUCGACGCCAUAUAUGCUUUGUUCCGGUCCGGCACAUCGCUUACCGAACUGCGUCUGUCGGGAGGACAACGCGUCACUCUAGCUUGAGAUUACUGUCGCACAGCGUGCCUUGUGGCCUUAUUCACGUCGUUUCACUGUGUAGAAGGGAGCUGUCACCAAGAAGGACUAACUGCCAAAUCAUGACCACUGUUGAUGCACUCAGUGCUGUGGUUACUGAGUUGUUCAGCACGGACACGCAUCCUCUCAGUAGGGUGGCCUACUCUCUGCUUUUAAUUUCCCUCACUUUGGUGUCCGAAUCAUUCAAUAUCAGUGACUUUUGUUUUAAAUUUUCAUUGAAAGCAUUGUUUGUAUGCAACUUCGACUUCCGAUUUUGCAGUGAAACCAAUAUAAUUAUGCACUACUUUGGGGAAGUAUCCAGAGGCGAUGUCAGCCUACAUUGGGUGCCUGAUUAAAGGGAAGCUACGGAAGUUCUUGAAAAAAAA